UUUUUUUUUUUUAAUUACAAAAUCGCAACUUGACAGGAAAAAAAGCCAAGCCGAACGCCCUCGUUCCCAAUCGAUUCUCUCUCUCUCUCUCUCUCUCUCUCUCUCUUUCUGCACGGCAUCGCAAUCGGAAUCCCAUGCCUCCUCAUCACCAUCAUCAGCCUAAUCGACAUGGAGUUCAAUCGCCAUCGCCAAAGCCCAAUCAGAAGUUUCUCUUUCUCAUCCUCAAAGUGGUCAUCAUGACCUUCAUAACCACCCUCUUCUUCCUCUUCCUCGGCGUAGCCGCCAUGCUCCUCCUCUGCCUCGCCGGUGGGGCCCUCCACGGUCGCCGCCGGCGGACCCACUUCCCCUAUUCCUCUAAUGGAUUAUUUCCUGAAGACCUGAUAAAGCUUCCCCAAUUUAGAUACGCUAAGAGAAUCGAACGCCAAGAAGAAGCCCAUAGCGAAUGCGUGGUUUGCUUGGAUCGUUUCAGAGAAGGCCAGUGGUGCCGGAAACUUGUCGGCUGCAAUCACGUCUUUCACCGGAGUUGUUUGGAUACGUGGUUGGUUAAAGUCGCCGCCUGUCCGAUUUGCCGGACACGUGUCGGGUUGAAUCAGCCGGUAAACGGUUCGACGGUAGGUGUGGAAGAAGAGGCUAAGCUUGUGAGGUUUUGGUAGAAAACAAAACACUGAUUUUGAAGGGUUUGGUAGGAAUUUUAAGUUUUACAAAGCGUUGAAAUUUUGUUGUUGUUUAUUUGUUAAUAACUCGCUUUUUCUUUUUCUUAUAUAUAUAUAUAUAUAUAUAUAUAUUUUAUGUGUAAUGCAAAUUAACAUUCGAAAUUGAAAUAUGAAUUGCAACAUGUUUAUUUGUGA